UGAGGACUGCAUUUAGAUAUUCAGCCGAAGUUUAGGUGAAUUUAGGUGUGAUCAUUCUUGGCUCCUGGAAGAAUUGUUUUUGGUUUCCAUUGGACUUUGAGGAAGCAGUGAGUGUUUACAGCCUUGAGGUAAGUUACAUAGUAAAGCAAGGUGAGCAACGUAGAUGACACAGUAGUUACUUUUUGGAAGCUCUCUGCUGGACUGAUUAACCAUGACGGGUACCGGCGGACCUGUGGCGUCCUUCUCCGUGUGGGACUAUGUGGUGUUUGCUGGGACGGUCCUCGGAGCCGCCGGCAUCGGCCUUUUCCAGGCCAUCCGAGGACGUAAGAACACGAGCAGCGAUGAGUUCCUACUCGGAGGUCGGCAGAUGUCGGCCGUGCCGGUGGCCAUGUCGCUCACCGCUAGCUUCAUGUCCGGCAUCACUGUGAUCGGAACUCCAGCCGAAGCCUACCUGUACGGAGCGGCCUUCUGGAUCUUCGGCUUCUCGUACGCCAUCAUGUCCGUCAUCACGGCCGAGAUCUUCGUCCCUCUCUUCUACCGUCUGGGCAUCACCAGCACCUACGAGUAUCUGGAGAUGCGCUACAACAAGUUGAUUCGUGUGGUCGGGACAUCCAUGUAUAUCAUACAAACGGCUCUGUACACCGGCAUGGUCAUCUAUGCACCAGCUCUGGCCCUCAAUCAAAUCACAGGGCUGAACCUGUGGGGUGUGUUAGUGGCCACAGGAGUGGUGUGCAUCAUCUACUGCACCUUGGGAGGUCUGAAGGCAGUGAUCUGGACAGACGUGUUCCAGAUGGUGAUCAUGCUGGCUGGCUUCGUGGCCGUCAUUGCCAGGGGAGCGGUGAUCCAGGGGGGGCUGGGCCGGAUCUGGGACGACGCCUCCAAGGGGGGGCGGCUGGACGCUUUCAACUUCAACCCCGACCCCCUGACGCGUCACACCUUCUGGACCAUCGUGGUGGGCGGCAGCAUCAUGUGGACCUCCAUCUACUCCAUCAACCAAUCACAGGUGCAGCGCUACAUCUCCUGCAAGACCCUGGCACAUGCCAAGAUGUCUCUGUACGUGAACAUGGUCGGUCUCUGGGUGACGGUGAGCCUGGCGGUGUUCUCUGGUAUCACCAUGUUCUCCAUCUACAAGGACUGUGACCCUCUCAGCAACGGAGAUGUGGGGGCUCUGGACCAGCUACUUCCGUAUCUGGUAAUGGACAUUCUGGCUGCCUAUCCUGGGGUCCCUGGCUUGUUUGUGGCAGCAGCGUACAGUGGAACCCUGAGCACAGUGUCCUCCAGCAUCAACGCCCUGGUGGCGGUCACCGUGGAGGACUUUGUGAAGCCGGUGUGGAAAGACCUGACAGAGAAACAGGUGUUGUGGAUCAACAUGGGUCUGAGUGUGUUCUUUGGAGCGGUGUGCAUAGGGAUGGCUGCUGUAGCGUCUCUGAUGGGCAGCAUCCUACAGGCCGCCCUCUCUGUGUUUGGGAUGAUCAGUGGUCCUCUCCUCGGUCUCUACUUGCUCGGCAUGUUCUUCCGUACCACAAACUCCACUGGAGGGCUGACAGGACUGAUCUUGGGGCUGGUCAUCACUCUGUGGGUGGGCAUCGGAGCCCAGAUCUACCCCCCCACGCCCGACAAGACCAACCCCCUCCCCCUCAGCACGGCCGGGUGUAACCGCACGGUCCACUUCAACGCCACCACGGUGGCACCCUGGACCAGCGCGGUCACAUUCCCCCCCCUGACAGAAGAGCGUCCAGCGCUGGCCGACUCCUGGUACUCCCUGUCCUACCUCUACUUCUGUGUGCUAGGCACUCUCGUCACCAUGACGUCUGGUCUGCUGGUGAGCGCUAUCACAGGUGGCUGUAAGCAAGAGAGGCUCCGCUCCGAUCUGUUUGUCAGGAAGAAUGAUCUGAUCUGCUUCAACUGUGGACGACACGCCCAGGACUCAGAACCAGAGCUGGUGGAAAAGGAUGGAUCAGAGCUGAAGAAGGGAACUGACAACCUGGCCUUCACAGUCUCAGCGUUCGACAUAACGGACCGAGACAUGGAGAAAGUCACCAAGAUGUGAAGACGGGGUCAGGAUGCUGCGUCCUCUCCAGGUGUUCUGCAGCUCUGGUGCUGAGAGGAGACCUGCCGUGUUUCUCUGAAGCAGGUGGAGACGAGGUUGAGGUGUGUCUUUGUGACUCAUCUUUAGAAACUAAUCUUUAGCUAAGCUCGGACCUGAUUACUCUGAAACGCAGAACACAGACAGACACAGAACACAGACAGACACAGAACACAGACAGACACAGAACACAGACAGACACA